CCCAAACCUAAUGGUAAAUGGCAACAGCCCUAUAACGAACUUCCUCACCUCUGCCUCUCGUUCCCAACCCGCCAGCGCCCUUUGCACCUCUCGCCGACUGUUCCCUCCGCCGGUUCUUUUAUCCAGCCGCCCGCACGACGUCAGCGGCGACAAGGAAGCAGGACGCAGCAAGAAGUCGAGACCGCCAUUGGGAUAAUUGCAAAAAAGCGAAUGACGAGACGGCUAUGACAACACAACUGCAGAGGAGCUUCUUAUCCAUCUCCUCUGCUUCCUCUUCUUUCUUGCCUUCGCCGACGUCCUCUUCUCCCUUGCUAGCUUUUCGGUUUAAUUCCCUGAUGUCCAAGUGCGGGAUGCUGCAGAAUGUUUCUGGGUUCGGGUUAUUGUCUACUUCCCACUUUGUGAAUCGUCAGAGGUGCAGGAACUUCACGCAACUUAGAGUUAGAGCGCCCAGGUUGUCGUCGGGCACGGUGGCUGAUGUAUGUAUCUCUGGGUAUCCUCGACUUGUUACUCCCAGGACCACCUCAUGUUGCUGGGCUUUGAAUCGAGAGGUUGGAUUGGCCGCACAUGGUUAUGGAGCUAUCUUGACGAGGCAUUUCUCUCAAUCGCCAGAAGCGGCUGAAAAGAAUUUCACUAAGGGUAAACGUUCUAAGGGUUCAAAAGCUUGGGCUGCAAAGAGGAAGAACAGUUCUGCUAACACGAGCGUCUCAGCCUCCGAUGAUGUUGAGGCCUUGAACUCCAGCGAUCAUACGAAUGGGAGUGUGCCUCUUGAAUCAUCUGUUUCAUCUCCUUCUGCUACUGAGGCCCCCGAAGUCAAUGGAAAACCAAAGGCAAGAAGCAAGAAAGGAAAAAAGAAACUUUCUGCUGUUGCUGCUGAUUCUGCCAAAACUAGUUCAGAAGAGAAGAAGUCAACUGAAAAGGCAUCCGAAAAACUGCUGGAUGUUUCAGCUUCUACAAAACAGAAGGUCAAGAAGAAAAGUACUAACUCUCGGAGGAAGGGCAAAUCGGCAACUGUUGGUGAUGAGUCAGUUGAGAAGCAAAAACCUCAGCAGAUGAGCAACUUGAAGCCUCCUAAACAAGGGACCUUGAAACAGUUGUAUCCUCCUACUGGGAAAUCUGUUGUAGUGGUUGAAUCUGUUACAAAGGCAAAGGUCAUUCAAGGGUAUCUUGGCAGUAUGUAUGAAGUACUGCCUAGUUAUGGCCAUGUCCGGGACUUAGCUGCAAGGUCAGGAUCCGUUCGCCCUGACGAGGACUUUAGCAUGGUGUGGGAGGUUCCUUCUGCUGCCUGGACUUACCUUAAGAGCAUUAAAGUCGCUCUAAGUGGAGCAGAAAAUCUUAUUCUUGCGUCAGACCCUGAUCGUGAAGGAGAGGCUAUUGCUUGGCAUAUUACUGAGAUGCUGCUGCAACAGGAUGCCCUACAUGAGGGUAUCAAUGUUGCAAGGGUUGUCUUUCAUGAAAUAACAGAAAGCUCAAUUAAAAGUGCUUUGCAAGCCCCAAGACAUGUUGAUGUAAACUUAGUACAUGCUUACUUGGCAAGACGUGCUCUUGAUUAUCUGAUUGGAUUCAACAUUUCACCAUUAUUAUGGAGGAAAUUACCAGGGUGUCAAUCAGCAGGGCGUGUGCAAUCAGCUGCCCUUGCUCUUAUUUCUGACAGGGAAGCUGAAAUUGAUGAGUUUAAGCCACAAGAAUAUUGGAGCAUCGAGGCUAAAUUGAAUAAAGAAGUACAAGGUUCUGCACUCAGUGCACGCUUGACCUGUUUUGAUUCGAAAAAGCUGAAUCAGUUCUCGUUUAGUUCUGGUAAGGAGGUAGAGGACGUUGAACAGAAGAUUAAAGCUACACAAUUUGAAGUAGUUGGCUGCAAAAAAGGGCAAAUGCGAAGAAACCCUCCCACUCCAUACAUCACAUCAACGCUUCAGCAAGAUGCUGCAAACAAAUUACAGUUUAACACAUCAUACACUAUGAAGCUUGCACAAAAACUUUAUGAAGGGAUUGAGUUGUCAGAGGGGAAGGCAAAGGGGUUGAUUACGUAUACCAGAACUGAUGGUCUUCAUGUAAGUCAUGUCACACUGGUUGCUCAGAUUUCAGAUGAAGCUCUCAAGGAUAUACGCUCUCUGAUCACUGAAAGGUAUGGCCCGGAUUUUGCAUCAGCAAGUGCACGCAAGUAUUUUAAGAAGGUGAAGAAUGCACAAGAGGCCCAUGAAGCAAUCAGACCAACCGACAUUAAGAUGUUCCCAUCAAUGCUUGCCGGUGUUCUUGACGAGGAUGCGUUGAAGUUAUACACUCUUAUCUGGUCUCGCAGUGUGGCAUGCCAAAUGGAGCCAGCUAUAGUCGAACAGUUGCAAGUGGACAUUGGAAAUGUUAGCAAGUCAAUCAUAUUUAGAUCUUCGUGUUCAAGAGUUGCAUUUCGUGGCUACCAAGCAGUUUAUCAGGAUGUCGAAACUAGAGUUCUAAGAGGCAAAGAAGAUGAGGAGGACCCUCAUCAAGAAGCUUCUGGAGACCUUAAUUCUUUGAAGGCAGGGGAUGCCUUGUCUAUUGCUGCAGUUGAAUCCAAGCAGCACUUUACUCAGCCUCCACCGCGCUAUUCUGAAGCAUCAUUGGUACGAAUUUUGACAUGUUUGCUUAUUGAAAUUCACCGACUGUUUGAGAUGUGUUUGGUCUUUUCUGACAUUCCGUGUUGGUGCUUAUGCCAUUUUAAUUUUCAUGAAAGAUUAAGAAGCUCGAGGAACUUGGGAUUGGAAGACCUUCAACUUAUGCCAGCACAUUGAAAGUUUUACAGAGGAAAUAAUAGCGAGGAAAAUAUGGAUGCUGUUUUAGUUGUUUGGUGGUUGUUACAACGUAUUAGAAUGAUUCCAAUCAUCAGUUUCUAAAUAUGCAUUUGUGGGAUGCCUGCACAGAUCACAAUUUAUGACUGGAUCCAAGCAUUGUAGGAAAAAAAUAAAAGUAACUAUGAAAAUGUUUAUGCUGUUUUAGUUUAUUGGUUGGUAGCUAUGUGCAUAUUAGCACCGACUACGAGAAACUUUAAUAUAUCUUACUUCACAUUAUAUUCCACUUCUCAAACUAAAACAAAAGCUAAGCAAUCAUGACACUGAUUGGAUAUGUACGUCUGCUAGUUGUAAUGUUUGUUAUUUUUGGACAUGAUCUACUUUAUGACUUCAGGACAGGAAAUAUGUGGUGACGAAAAGCCGUGUGAUGUACCCAGAAUUUCGUGGUCGAAUGGUCUCAGCAUUUCUCUCAAACUAUUUUACGGAGGUCACAGAUUACAGCUUUACUGCUGAUAUGGAGACUGAGCUUGAUAAUGUUUCUGCUGGACUUACUGAAUGGAAAGGUCUUCUUAGAGAUUAUUGGACAAGAUUUAGCUCAUACUGCAGCAGUACCGAAACUGUCCACAUUCAUCAGGUGGAGAAAAUGUUAGAAAAAAAGUUUGGCGACCAUUUGUUUGGCUCACUCCGUUCCGAAAGCAGGACUUGCCCGAGUUGUAUGGAGGGCACUUUGAUUUUCAAAGUGAGUAGGUAUGGUGCAGGUUACUUCAUCGGCUGUGAUCAGCAUCCAAAGUGCAAGUACAUUGCCAAGACAUUGCUUGGAGACGAAGAAGAUGAAGAACCUCCCCAAAAUGCUGGUACGGUGGAGGAGCCAAAAGUAUUAGGUCUUCAUCCAAUUUCCAAGGAAAAGAUUUUAUUGAAGAAAGGUCCUUAUGGAUUCUACAUUCAGCUUGGGGAAGAUAAGAAGGACUAUAUCCCUAAAAGAACAUCCGUAUCCCAUAUAAAGGAGGUGGAUGCCAUUACACUGGAGGAGGCUCUAAAAUUGUUGCGCUACCCAUUGACAUUGGGAGACCACCCAAAGGAUGGACAUCCUAUAAUAUUAAAGCUUGCAAAGAAUGGGUUUAAUAUUAGACAUCGACGCACAAUUGCCUCCGUCCCCAAGAAUGUGGAUCCAGACGAGUUAACCGUGGAGAAAGCGUUGGAGUAUUUGUCAAGUAACGAUGUUCGAAGAAGCGGGCGACCCAAGAGGCAACCCAAGGUUGAAGAACCUGCAGCAGUGGAAGCAACAUAGACAGGAAGCCAGGUCGGUCUGUGCAAAACUGCUUUUCGCUGAAACAGCCCUAUUGCAAAUGCGGAGUUCAGUAGCACACAAUCCCAGGAACUCGACGAAGGAUGACCGCGCAAGUAGUUUUCACUCCCGGACCCUCGUUUGGCACACCUAUAUUUUGCAGAACCGGGAUGAGAUUGUUUUUGUGAUGAACGGGAGUAAGCAAAUUUAGGUUGAAGAAACUUGGAUUAGUUUAUUUUUGUAGUGAAUUCUUAUUUUAUCGAAUAAAUUUUCCUGACAGGUACUAGCUAAGAAAGGAAGUCUUGUAUAGACUAUAGACAUAGGUUGAGAGUUUCACUUACAUUUCUACAGAAACUAGAUAAGCGGACCGCGCUUUGCGGCUGCUG